AUGCAGUACUCUCAAGCACAGUUGCAGCCAUCUCCGUCUUAUAAUUUUGCUGCAGCCCCAGAAAAUGUCGUUGGGGGCCCCCUAAUGAGUAUGGGGCCCCCCGGGGCCCUUGACUUCCCGCAGCAGCAGCAGCAGCAGCCGCAGCAGCAGCAGCUAGCAUUGCCUUUUGAUUCGAGCUUCACUCUUCCGGGGGCCCCUGUUGGGGGCCCCCUCCCUGACGAUGCUUUUGGUUCACCGUACCCACCUGAGGGGGCCCCCUCUUCUUCUAUAGGGGGCCCCCCAAUGGGGGCCCCCUCUCCAAUGGGGGCCCCAUCUCCAAUGGGGGGCCCCCCAAUGGGGGGGGCCCCCACUUCAAUGGGGGGCCCCCCAAUGGGGGGGCCCCCCUCUACUAUGGGGGGCCCCCCUUCUUCUUCUGUAGGAGAUUCUUCAAGCUUGAGGGCCCCCUCAUUUGGCUUAGGGAUUCAAGCUGAUGGAGGGGGUGGGUCGUCGGGUGCUGCUGCUGCUGUACCGGUUUUAUCUGCAGCAGAAGUUGAAGUGUAUGGGGAGCUCUGGAAAGAAGCUUUAGCACAGGGGGGCCCCCGAGGUGCUGCUGCUACUGACGCCCUACCUACUUAUCUUAAUGGUGCUGCUGCUGCUGCUUUUCUUGAGGGCAGCGGGCUGCCGCAGGAAACGCUUCAUACUAUUUGGGGCCUUGCAGAUGUCAACAAUGAGGGCAGAUGCAGCAGCAGCAGCAACAGCAGCGCUCUGAGUGAGAAAGAACGCCAGCUGAUCGUCCGGAGCCACAGCAGCAGCAGCAGCAGCAGCAGUAGGAUUGUGUGUAUGUGUGUGUGCGCAGCAUUCCUGUCCAGUGCUUCUGCUGCUGCUGCAGUAUCGUAUGCACCGUCAGCAGAAGAGCUGCAGCAUUAUGUGUCUCUCUUUACUGCAGCAGAUACUGCUGGGAGGGGUUCUAGUCUCUUGUCUGGUGUUGAGCUGAAGCCGCUGCUUGCUGCUUCAGGGCUUCCUGCUGCUGAUCUUGCUGCAGUUUGGGCAGCUGUUGAUGCUGAUGGAGACGGCUGCCUUUCUUGCUACGAAUUUGCUGCUGCUAUGUCUCUUGCUAAUAAACGCAGACAAGGUGUACCUGUGCCGCUCUUGCUUCCGCAAGAGCUGCAGCCUCAGGUGCUGCAGCAGCAGCACAAGCGAAUGCAGCAGCAGCAGCAGAUGCAGCAGCAGCAGCAGCAGGCGCUUCCAGAUUGGGGUUCAGGGUUCGAUGCAUUUGCAGAUACAACAGAUGCUACUGGUGCAUCUGCAGCAGCAGCAGCAGCAGCAGAUGCCGCAGCAGAUGCAGCAGCAGAAGCAGAUAGCAGCAGCAGCAGCACUGCAGCAGCAAACAAGGACAGCAGCAGACGCAAGGCACGUAGCGCCUCACCACGAAGCAGCAAAACGAGGGCACAGAGCAGCAGCAACGAAGGAACUGCAGCAGCAGGCAAGCGGGCCGGCCGCAGCAGCAGCAGCAAACGCCGCGAGCAGCGACACAAACAGCACCAGCAGCAGCAGCAGCAGCAGGAUGAUGAUGGAGACAAAGAAGAGACAGGCUUCAGCGCCGCUUGGGGUGAAGAAGGUGAGUGGGCUUCAUCAGAAGAAGAUCUCUUCCGUAGCAGCAACGAAGAGCAGCAGCAGCAGCAGCAGCAGCAGAACGAGUUGCUGCAGCAGAAACUGCAGCAGCAACUGCAACACCACCGCAAACAGCAGCAGCAGCGCCACGGAAGCUAUGAAGACCAAGAGCUCGAGGACAGCUUCUCUAUUGACUUGCCUUCUCCGCUGCUGCAGCAGCAGCAGCUGCUGCAGCAGCAACGCAAACAGCAGCAGCAGCAGCAGCAAGGCAGAAAUGGCCUUCAUGAGGGGGGGCGCGAAACAGCAAACUCAGCUGUGGCUCUUCUAGAGAGUGUUGUUGAGUGCGACAAGCGUCUGGCGACUCUGAUGGGGGUUGAAGUGGAUCUUGCUGCUGACGAGUUGCUGCAGCUGCGCUCGGUUGCUGCUGCACUGCAGCGGCAGCUGGUUACAGAGAAGCAGCAGCUAGCAGCAGCAAUAGACAGACGUAAGGAGUUCGAAGUGCUGCUGCAGCGGGAGAGAGCGAAGCUGCACAAACUUCAGGAAGCAAGAAGAGGCCACUACCAAGAGGAGCUGCUGUUCUUGCAGCAGCAAGUUGCUGCAGCAGAAGCAGAUUUAAGGGCUCUUGCUGAUGCAGCAGAAGGGACUCGCGUGCAGCAGCAGCAGCAGCAGCAGCAACUCGAGGCCCUUGACGCAGAAAGAAGAGGAGCUUUGGAGACCUUAAAAGCUGAGAAGGAUCUGCUGGCGAGAGAAGAAAGAGAAAUAGAAGAGAUGAAAUUGCUGCUGCAACGAUUACGGCGGGAGAAGGCAGAUGGACAGUCGCAGCAUGCAGUGCUGCAGGAGAAGCUCCGACAGACUGAACACGACGUGGUGCUGCAGCGGUCUGCCUUAGACUCAACGCAUGCGGAGACAAUAUCUACGCUGCAGCAGCGGCUGCAGCAGCAGCAGCAGAAGCAGAAGCUUGUUGCAGGGCUAAACCAACACGCUCAGGAAACUUGGGCUUCCCAGCGUUUGCAGGCGUUGGACGCCAGUCAUUCUUUCGGCGGCCGUCGGGGUGCUCCGUCUGCUGCUGCUGCUGCUGCUGCUGCUGCUGCUGGGGGUUGGGGAGCAGCAGACAGCCAGCAUAGACGAGACCCUAAGGGGGUCCCUUCAGGCGGAGGAGGCGGCUUCUUUCUCUCAGCUUCAAACAGCCUCAAUCAACGAGAUCUAGAGCCAAGCCCUCCUCCUCCCAACUGGCGAACAUUUAAGGCUGCUGCUGCUGCUGAGCCGGGGUUGCUGCGGGGUAGCACUGGAGCAGCAGCAGCAGCAGCAGCAGCGUUGGGUAUAAGCGAUCUCCCUGGGCUUCCUUCAUCUGCUGCUGCUGAUAGCAGCAGAGACCUGCGGAGGCAGUUAGAAGGCUUCUCUAUCGAUAGUGUGAAGAGCGAUGCUGCUUUCGGCGAUUUGCCCCACUUGGGCAGUCGGCGCGGGGAUGCGCAGCAGACGGCUUUCGGCGAGCGGCUCAUCUCCUUGAAGAGCAGCACUACCUCUCCGGCAUACAAACGCCUUCCUUUGGGGCUCGUUCAUAGUGCUGCUGCGCAGCAGCAGCAGCUGCUGCUGCAACAGCAGCAGCAGGAACACCAGCAGCAGCAGGAACAGCAGCACCAAUGA